UUUGACAUUUUGAUGUCAUUAUAUUUCCAUGAGCUCGUUAUCAUGGUUAUGGGUUCCGGUUCCUGAAAGACGUUAUCUGCUUAUCCUCUUUUAAAUUGCUAUAACUAGUGUGUGGCCGCACCUACACUGAUGUUCAAAAAGUCUGCAUUAGCCCUUGAACUUCUAUAAGGAGUUGAAAAUUGGGUCACUAACUCACCAUAAACUGUUGCAUUGGAUUAUCUUCAGUUAGUUUCAAGUAAGAAACCAAAUGCUUCUUCAGGUGUAUUUUACUAACGAUGGUUGGUGUUUUAGACAUAUGUAUUCCUUUAGAGCAUAUCCAGUGUUUGGAGGCAACCUUGCCUCUAAACUACCCAUGGAUCUGCCUCUUAACCAUAGAUGAAAACUCUGCAGUGUGCAGCCUCUAGCUUUAGAGACAAAGCCGGGCCCACAAUUAAAUAAAAUAUGAUGCAUUUGUUAAUCAACUCAUCGGUCCCUCCAGCACCUAACUGGCUGACAGUGGGGACAUCAGAAUAUUUUAUUCAGCACAAAGCAUUGGAGGCCAGUGCUUAGCAUAGAGGCGUCUCCAAGAAUUUUUGGCUUAGAGGCCGACGAUAGUGUAUAGAGGCAGUGUUCAUAGGCCUAGAGGCAGCCUUAGAGGCGCCAAAUACUCACAUUGUGGAUGCCCUGCUGCAUCUUGAAAUACUCCUAGGUCCUAAUCCUAACCAUAAUGGUAAAGAGUUACAGUCUGUAAUGGAGUUGGUCAAAUGGGAGUGAUGCCUAGAAAUGUGCAUGAGUGUGUAGGGAGCUAUUGGUCCUUUGGUUUGUGCAGUUUCAGACACACAUCAGGUUGCCAAUCAGUUUUCCAUCAAAUUCUUAUGGAUACGGUAAUGUGCUCUCAUCUGCUGUUUUGCCAGGCCUUUUUUGUUCUCUUUCUUAAUACAGUUGUUUGUAAGAUAAUUUCAGUAAUGUUGUAAAGACCAUGGAGAACAUUAUGUUACUAUCACUAAGCAUAUCGUCAAGAUCAAAUUCUAAGGAAUCUUGUGUGGGCCACAUCCAAGCAUGAUGUUUACAUGGCACAGAACAAUUCAGUAAUGCACUGGUCUUCUCUUCUUCAAAGAGGGACAGAAGUGCUCCACGUUGCAGGCCAAGUUGUUCCAAAGCAGAAGGCGCAUGGAGCUCGGACAUUGUCCAGAGUCCAAAUCAGCUCAAUGGCCCUAAAAGACAAUCUCAUGGUAGCGGGCGGUUUCCGCGGCGAACUGAUUUUCAAGUAUGUUGACAAGCCCGGGGUGGCAUUCUGUACGAAUGUUGCUGAUAAUAAAAACUCCGUCACUAAUGCUGUAGAUGUGUAUGAGUCUCCUAGCGGCGCUACUAGAGUGACGGCGGCCAACAAUGACUGCACUGUCAAAUUUCUUGAUGCUGAGAGGUGCAGCCUGCUUAGCCGCUUUACUUACCCGUGGUCGGUCAAUAACACAUCGGUGAGUCCUGAUGGGAAGCUCCUUGCUAUCCUCGGCGACAGCUCCGACUGCGUGAUCGCCGACGCUCAAUCGGGCGAAGAGAUAGCGACUCUCAAAGGGCACCUGGACUACUCGUUCUCAUCGGCCUGGCACCCCGGCGGCCACGUCCUGGCGACGGGGAACCAGGACAAGACGUGCCGGCUGUGGGACACGCGCAACCUGUCUGCGUCGUUCGCGGUGCUGGGAGGGAGGAUCGGCGCGGUUCGGGGCCUCCGGUUCUCGUCGGAAGGGCGGUUCCUGGCGGCGGCGGAGGCGGCGGACUUCGUCCACGUGUACGACGCGCAGGCCGGCUACGGCGCCGCCCAGGAGAUCGGGCUGUUCGGGGAGAUCGCGGGCGUGGCGUUCAGCCCGGACGCGGACGCGCUGUUCGUCGUGGUCGCGGACCGGGCCUACGGCAGCCUGCUCGAGUUCAGCAGGCGGGGCCGGCACGCUUACCUGGACUCGUACCUGUGACUGUGUGGAACAGUCAUGUCGACCGUGUCGCUGCCGCUCGUCGAGUAGAUGCCUAGAUGUGUGUAUAGUGCUCCAUAUGUCAAGUGGUUUCAGUUCUGUAUAUGCGGAGUGGUACAAGUUAAAAGAUGCUACGGUGCAACUGGGUACAGAUGGUACAUGAUUUGGACUGACCCUGAUUCAGAAGUCAGCAGGUCCUACAGAAUUUGGUUCGCGUGAGAAGAGUUUAGUCUUUUGAUGA